AUGGUGCCCACCGAGACGGAAUUCGCGUGCGCGCUCGAGCGGCCGCGCGACGUGGUGCAGGCGACGUACGCUGAGUGUGGCAGUAUUCAAGGGACGGCCGAGCGCGUCGAGGCGCACUACCGGCACCUCUUUCGCGACACGGAGCGGCGCAUGCGCAUCCCGCUGCUCGACGUGCACAAUGUAGACGUGCUGCUGGAGAGGGCACAGAGCCCCGAGGGGCGCCGAAAUGGCGUGCUCGUCCGCUGGCGGUGCAUGGUGCAGGAUACUGGCCUGGGCUGUGAGCUGUUCUUGGGCACGUUGCAGGCAAAUAAGCAGCCGGUCUGCGGCCUGUACGGUGCCGAGGCGCGGUAUGAGGGCGAGGACGCGGUCGACGCCGCGGCACCGGGGAAUAUGGCCGAGCGCCUUGCGUUGUUUGGCGUGUCGGUGCCGGGCGAAUCGCCGUGGGCACACCAGCUGCUCGCCGGCCAGAGCGACGAGGACGUCGCGGCGGCACUCGGCAAGAUGGCGAUUCACAGCGACGAAAAAAAGACGCACGCCUCGGAGCGCACACCGAUCCCAGAGCAGCCGAGUAUCACGGCGCUGCUCAAGCUCGCGGACGUCGACAAGGCCGAGCAGCUGCGCACGACCGAGAUCGUGGACGUCGUCGGGCUCUUGGAUCUGAGCUUUAUCCCGAAUCCCGACCUGCCGCUCGGCGACGAGAGCACAGAUGCCGCGGUGCCGCAGCUGCCGUGCAUCCAUGCGCUCUUCUUUGACAAGGCGACCGAGCGCGCGUCGCUCCUGCCGCUCCUUGAGCACGCGGCGGUGUCGAUGCCGCGCGCGUACGCCACGCCGAUCGACGCGCGCACAGCGCUGAUUGCGCACCUGGCCGAGCACCUCGGCGGCGACGCGCUCGCUGCCGAGUUCCUGCUGCUCGCCCUCCUUGCGAAAAUCCAUAUCCGCCGCCCUGGCCUCGCGGUCGGCUCCUUGUCGCUCAAUUUGUCGAAUGUGCGCUCGACCACGCCGCAUACCGCGCUGCGCAGCACGCUCGAGGCGCUUGUGCCGGCCGUCGUCGAGGAGCGCCUCACGCUCGCCGAGCUCAACGAUCCGAAGCGCACCUACUUUGUGCGCAGCACCGAUGCGGGCAUGACUGCAGGACGCCUGCAGCUCGCCGACAACACCUGUGUGCUCGUCGACGAGGUAUGCAUGGGCGAGGGCCAGCUCCUGGACGCGGGCGUGCGCAACAUCCGCGCCCUCGCGGGCGUGAUGCAGAGCCACACGCUCUCGUACCAGUUCCCCUUUUCGGAGAUCGACCUGGACACGGACUUGAACGUGGUCGUGCUGAGCACCGGCAAGUCGCUCCUGCCCGCCGACGUCCACGUGCCGCUGCGGCCGGCGGCCGGCGGCGCAGUGGACCUCGGCAAGGCCGCGCUCUCCGCUUCGCCGGCCGCGCUGCAGGCGUGGCGCGCGUACCUCCUCACGACACGCCAGGGCGACGCGCGCGUACCGGAAUCCAUGUCCGCGCCGGUCCAAAACUACUUUGUCGAGCGCCGCCAAAACGGGCCGCGCUUCGCGUAUACAGAAGUCGACCUGCAGCGGUGUCUCGGCAUCGCGCGCCUCGUCGCCGUCUCUUUCGGCCUCGAUGAGCUGACCGAAGAGGCGUGGCAGCACGCGACGCGUCUCGACGAGGCACGCGCCGCCCGCCUCGCUCCGUACCAAGACGAGGCGUGGCGCGCACGGUACGAAGCCAGCAAGGCGAGCGGUGUCGAGCGCGUGCAGCGUGCGUCUGGCAUGACUCCGCGGCGCGAGUCGGGGCCGUGGACGCCGCGCACGCCGCGCGAGACACCGCCGGCACGGAGCACACUGACGCCCCGCAACGCUACGCCCAGUGCUGCGCAUACGCCGUUGCAGCGCAAAGGCGCGUUUGCGAGCCCGGUACGCGCGCGCGUCGCGGACGAUGCGCCGACACUGCAUGCAGAGGCGCCGACAGCAAGGACGUGGAAAGAGAGGGCACAGGAAUGGGCGCAGCAGCUCCCGGGUGCGGCGCAGUCGACCUGGCAAGGCAUCGAGAUGGAGCUCGAGCAGGCAGUGUACGCGCCCGAGCUGGGUGUGCCGAUUGCUCUUACGCUGCAUGCGCUCUCGCUCCUCUCGCAGCUCAUGCUGCCCGGCUCGGCAUUCGCACUGCCCGGCGUCUCGUCGAGCUACAAGCCGCCGAGCCAGCGCAGGGGGCACACGCGCCUCUUUUCCGACCGGCGCCGCGGCGACGCGGGCAAGGGGUACUCGGCGUACCUCGGUCGCAUGCUCGCGGCGCAGCGCACGGCUGCGCUCACGUAUACAUCGCGCAUGCUCUCGCUCGCCCUAGUCCUUGCGGCGGCGUACAAUGCAUACCUCUUGUUCUCGCGGAGGCGCGCGUACCGCCUGUGGUACCGCGACGAGAAGGAUGUCUUGCAGAAUCCCCAUGCAUCGCUCGAGGAGCCGCCGCGCGACUCGCCGCCGCCGCCGACGUGGGAAGAGCGCGCUCGCGACCUCGCCCUGUUCUGCGCACGCCAGGUUCCGGUGCUGGAAUGGUUUGUGCCCCCGCCCCGCACGCGCCCGGCGCCGCCGCCGAGUCAGCGCGUGUACACGCUGCGUGUGUGGGACGUGCUCGAGGCGCCCCUCUAUGUCUUUUCGUACGUUGCCUUGCUCACCAGACUCUACUCGCCCGCACACGCGCUGUGGUGGGCCGUGUCCGGCUCGCUGGGCAUGCACGCAUUUACGACCUACGCACUGACCGCCGUGCUCAUGGCCGCGUUCUCGUGCCAGACGUACUUCCUUGCGCUCGAGUAUGCGGCGCUGGUGCGCGACCGCCAGGUGCUCUCUGGCGAGGUCCUCCGCGAGUACGACGAAAAGUUUGUCAUGCCGCGUGCUAUGCCACUUGUGCGCGACGCGUCGACCAUGACGGAUUCGUAG